GCUUGUGACAUCUAGACCUUUUGAAGUGAGAGCGCAAUUACCUAGAGGUAUGAUUCCAUCGAGCGGUUGCCGCUCUUCCUAGGCGCCACUACUAUUCCGUAUAACUACGCAACACAACUUGAACCCCCACUCCGGCACAUAGUAUGUAUGAUCCGACCCUGAUCGCCCAAUGUCUUGGGGAAAAACAUGUGGCUUCCCACAUUCCGUAUCGCCAAAUACCAGGUUUAUAUCUGGUAUCCUCUGAGUUAUUAUGGGUGUCAGAAAUCGAGUUCAGCCAACUCGGCACAUUGACUGAGCAUCAUCUCUUAUCCGGGUGUCAUUACUUCCAAUCACCUGGGACAACUACCUUUCCCACUUCCCUUGCCCUUGGAUCUACGGGCGCAAUGACCUCCCUCCUUUCGGAGUCCUUCCUGAACGCACAGAAACCGCACAAUGGAUAUUCAAGCCAGUGCCGGAUACAUCCCGGUCACCAGAAAUAAUGCUAUGCCGUGGUUGCCUCAACCAACAAAUGCUUCUUCGAGACGCCGGCCACCACUUUACAUCUACACUAGCCAAGGCCAAGGAGCUGGCCAGGCGAUCAAGGACGUAGCAGCUCUGAUCACAGUGCUUCUGAAAGAGACCACACCGGCUGAUGUUUUUGAACGACUGAAGCUGUAUGAAGCGAUCGGCAAUGAGCGAGCUGACACCAUAUUGACGGCCACAACUGGAAAAGGUCGUUUGAGAGGCAGUGAUAUAAGGAAGGGGAAGAACAUGGCGGGCUUUACUUGCCCCAAGAAACUCAAGAAAUACCAACAAAGAGAUCUGAGCCGGAUUGCCGGCUGUGUUUAA